AUGUCAAAAUAUGCAAAUUUGCCAGGAUAUGAUACGUCAUCCAAAACGGUUUACGGGGACAAUAUCGAUGACAAUAUGAGCAUGCCCGAGGAGGAUCGUGAUUGGAAAGCAGCAGCAGAAGGAGAAGGGGAGGAAGAAAACGAGGAGAACGUGGAAAUCAUUACUUGUGAAGCAGCUGAGGCGAUCAAGCGCUUCCGCGAAGGUGAUAUUGAUCAGAUCGGGGAUGUGACUGGAAGACAACUGACAGAAUCGGUAGAAACAGCGAGAAAGAUGAUGGACAAGCUGACCGACACCGGUGCAAACACACAAUCUCUUGACGUAGAAAUGGUCGCUCAAGAAGCGUCGAAGCCGGAUUCAAGCUACAGAAUAUAUUCAAACGCAGAAGCGACAAUCUCACAGUUGCAGCAGCGCAUUUCGAGACUGGAAGAACUAGUAAACAGUGUUCCCGCUGAUCCACUGCAGCCAGGAGGAAGCCUCUCCGACAUUGCCCAAACGAUUUCUCAGAAGAUGGCUCUUUUAGAAGAUGAUAAAGUCAAAGCCGCGGACGCCAGGUUAGGCUCGCUUCUUGAAAAAUACAAGGAGGUGCCUGAAAGUCUUCAGAAACUUCCGGAUCUUCAUAAAUGGGAGCCUGUUUUCACAGCUCUUCCAGCAAUUGUCGAACGAUUGGAAUCUCUCGCGCCGGUUCACCAAGUUGCUGCCCGUGUAGCCCAGAACUUCGUCAAUUUAGAAAAAUGUCAAGCAGCCAUACAGUCUCAACUGGAUCGUUCGGAAGCGACACAAAACGAACUGCACAGCGCAAUGAAUCAAAACCUAAAGAUCGCCGCCGAAAACGCCAAAAAUCUGACGGCCAGAUUCGAAAAACUUCAAUAA